AGUAACUUACUGUGCGCAGUCAAAUAUAUAAGUGUAUAGAGUAUACCGAGGAGCUAAGAAGAGAUACAAAGCGGAUCAGCUCAAAGGAAGAAGAAGGGUUGGCUACACUGCGGAACAGCUCAAAGGAAGAAGAAGAGUUGGCUGUACUGCGGUCAGCUGUGGAGAACAACAUGGGGGACAACCGGCCCAUCAACGCCUUUGCCCAGUUCACGGAGGCCGUGAACAACGCGUUCGACCGGCCCACCACCUGGUUCAGAGAGAAUGUGGUGUCCAAGAACCGUCCACAAUACCCCUGGUACCACCAGCAGUACCGUCGUGUGCCCACUAUUGACGAGUGCUACACCGAUGAUAUAGUCUGCUUUAUUGAGGCCAAUGAACAGUACAAGCGAGACAAACAAGUGGAAAGUGAAAUCCUGAGCAUUAUGCGACAGAGGCAAGAGGACUGCAUUGUGUAUGAGAGAGAGGACCACCGUGUCAAGUGUGCCACUAUCAUGGAGGAGUACAACAAGGCAGCUGAAAACUGGUUCAUCAAAUAUGGCGACCUUGGCGUGUAUGGAACUGUGAAGGACGCGUACAUGAAACAGAAGCACCGCCUCAUUUGGGAGCGGCGCCACGGGAAAGUAGGUUCUGGCAUGAAGACCAACAUGGACUGAGACAUGGAAGCUGCUAGGCACCAGGGGUCUACCUACCUCCCUCAUUUUGGUAGAUAUUUUUCAUCAAAUGGCUACGCUGGGAGCCCAGCUCCCUCAUGUCUUUGAAUUAAGGUUUCUAGUAUAUGCUACUAGCAUUGUAAAUAUGUGUUGCUAAUAAACCAACUUCUUAUUU